AGAUAAUCAGUGUUAUUCACUUCACCUGUCAGGGGUCAUAAUUUUAUGCCUGAUCGAUGUAGUAACCUGUUAUAUGGGCCUAAAAUAACAUGGAAAAUUUGUGAAACAGACAACAGAUGUGGAAUCAACAGAUGUGUCUUUUCAUUUAAAGACUUGGAUAUAUUUUAUCAUCAUCAAUGCAACAGUAUUAGACUCACUCAUGCAGAACAUAUUCACUUAAAUGUAUUGCAGAGUAUAUUCCAUACACAACUCUCCAUCCAUGGUGUUUCUCAAUGAUAAUAAAUCCUCAAGUUUGUCUGAAACAUUUGCAGACUUUUGAUUUGGUGAACAUGAUGAACAUCAUCCUAAUAUGACACAUCAUUCAUCUUUAAACCAUUUAUCUUUUGCUGAUGUAUCAGGCUUCCAAAAAAAUUGUUUAACAUAAUUAUGUUAAGAAUUCAGUUCAGCUUCAUUCCACAUAAAUCUUACAUGAAUUUGCUUUUUUUUUUUCUUGUACAGCUGAUGCUUUCAGUUCUAGGACUGGUCAGCAUUAAUUUUGUCUUCUUCUUGUUCUUCCUCUUCUUUUUUUUCGCAAGACCUUGGCCUUGAUGUAACUUUUUUUGUGCUUCUCUAUCCGUCAUUCAAACCUCUGUAACCUUUUACCACAAAGCAUUCAGAAUUUUUGGAGAAAUGAAGACUCAUGGACCUUUCAAGCCCUUGAGUGCUAUAGACUACAGAUGAUCUUUACAUUAAAAAAGAGGCUUGAAAGAGCUCAUGUAUUUCAAUACCAUAGAGAAGAAGAGAGACAGAAUGGCAGAAAGGAUAAAGAGGUCAAUUCUUGCCUAAGCUGUUAUCAAACGGACAUGCCUGUACAAAAAGUCAAUGAUUCAUCUGACCUAGACGCCAAGGUUCCUUCCCAUCUCCAGCGCACAUCUAUAACAAGCCUCACAAUGACCUCUGACCCCUCGCACAGAUGUGUUAAGGCUAGAGUGGUUCACAAAGGUCCCGUGAUAUCCUGUGCACAGAAAGAUGGCAUCGAAAUGCUUAGAGCUGAGAUCAAAGAGGAGGACCUCCCUCAGAGUACCACUGAACAUACAUCAAUCAACGUCAUUUUCUUUGGCACAUUGGCCAAGGACUUCUCCGAGUCUGUCAGACAGGGGGAUGUUGUCCUAUUGGCAGACUUCACUAUCAGAAAGUCUCCAUCUUUUCUCAGAGACAAACUACAUCCUUGUCAGUUGGAAAUGGAUGGCAAAGAUGCCUGUGUCUAUGUAUGUCCCUCGGCAGCCCCCUCCCAUGGUCCCUCCAGUUCAGAGGCCAAAUACACUUAUGUUCCUCUAAACAUGUUGAAGCACAAAACAGUGGUGAACGUCUAUGGUGUGGUGACCUUCUUCAAACUGCCUUUCCCCUCUAAAGGUUCAGAUUACUGCUCUACACUAAAGAUCACAGAUCAAUCAGAUGUUAAAGUGAGCUGCAACAUCUUCUCUAAAAAACUGGAGGAUCACCCAGUCAUCUUCAGAGUUGGGGACAUUAUCCGACUCCACAGAUUCAAGGCAGAUAUGUUCAAUGACUCCAUGACUCUCUUGAACACUUAUGGUUGGUCUGCAGUCACAUUCGAUGGAAUAACUGACAGCCCAGUAGCCCCUCGUACCUCCAGCAAAUCAUUUCACUUUGGAGAAUCCGAUAAAAAUACAGUGCAGGAGCUUCGCCAAUGGGCUGCCAGCCAGUCUCUGAUAUCCAAUGACCCCACUGUCUCUCUGUCCUCAGUACAUCCCGGGAUGUACUUUGAUCUUACCUGCCAGUUGCUGGCAAAGGCUGUCAUGGAUAGUCGCUGUAUCCUACUUAAGGUGUGGGAUGGGACCAAGUGUGAACAUCCCCUGUUGAACGUUGCGGUUGCAUCUGAUGCAUUAGAAGGAGAAUCCACUGUUGCUAAAGACAGGAUGAACCUGACAGCCAAUGUUCUAGUCUAUGACAAUCACGUGGAGGCAGCUCAAGACUUAAAGCCCGGCACGUUCCUGCGGUUCUACAAUCUCCAUUCACUCCAUCAGAAAGCUCCGGACCAGCAGCCAGAACAACCUGAACAUCUCAGUUUCCACCUCCAUGGAGGGACGACAUAUGGACGAGGUUUACGCAGCCUUCCUGCAGAGAGCCCUGAUCUACAGUCCCUCAAGAGUGUGCUGGAGAAUCAUGUCGAUCUGGAUGAGCAUGAUGACAUAAAUGAUGGCACGUUACUGGAGAUUUGGUACACACCGCCAGAGGCUGUAGUCUUGCCAAAUGAUGAAGAACCAGAUGGAGAAGCAGAUACAGGACCACCUUAUACAGUGCGGACAUGUGAGCACAACACGCAGCAGCUCACACUGGCCCAGGUGAAGCGCUCCACACCCCCGCUGUCAUGUCAUGUCCGAGCCCGGGUGAAGAAGUACCAUCCCCAGCAGUUAUACCAGUGCCUGAAGCUCUUCUGCUCCAAGUGUAAAACAAUGAAAGACGUUCCCGAUGACAGCGCUGUUGGUAAAGUCUUUCGGGACUCUGCGAGAGAUAACCAACCUUGCGAUGAGCAGUGGGCCGCCACUUCGUCAGCGAGCUCCAGAGAGCCCGGCAGAACCAUCUCAAUGCACAUAUCCAGAGACAUGGUGGGGGAAAGCACUCACAUGCAGCUGAUAUUCGUUGAGGGAACGACGCUGGAUGAGAUUUGUGUUUUAUCACGCGAUUACAAAAACAUGGUUCCCGUGAGAUCAGAGAACGGCAGGAUGACCCUGAUGGAUCUCACAGCUCCUUUCCUGUUCUCUGGAGACAAAAGAUAUUACGGGUGUAAGCGGUGCUCUAUGAACACGUUUGAAAACCCUGUGUUUACUGGAGUGGAGACCUGGGAUGAACAGGCAGUUGCUGAAGCUCUGGGAGUUCAGCUGAUGCAGUACAGAUUGUUAAUCCAGUUUGAACUGGACGACCGGACGGACACAUUAGAGGCUCUGCUGUGGGAGAACGCUGAGAAGUUCUUCCAUGUUUCUGCUGUAGAUGCUUCAGGCAGUCAGGAUUUGCAGGACAAGAUUCAGACCAUCAUGGACACAAUUCAACCACCAGAAAGCAGUUUGGAAGAACGUCCAUGGCUGGAUAUUUGCCUCUCUGUCUACACUGUAAAGGACGAUGACAGAAAUAAAGUUUGCUACCAGAUCACUAACACAGAAAUUAGAGAAGAAUAGAGAAGUUAAAGGAUUAGUUCACUUUCAAACUAAAAUUUCCUGAUCAUUUACUCACCCCCAUGUCAUCCAAGAUGUUCAUGUCCUUCUCUCGUCAGUCGAAAAGAAAUUAAGG